UCUCCUCGCCGUCUCUCUCUCCACUCUGUCACACCAUCCCGCAGUCCCUCCCAUUGCCCCUUCUUUACAGCUGCCCACCCCCCGACACCCCCUCCCCUUCGGCAUUACUCCAUGUGUAAAAUGAAUUUCACCCGGAGAAAUCUAUUUCUUACAAGACGCACGUCAGCGGGCUAAAGAUGCCCGAUGGCCCGCACAGCUGAGAGUUGCGCUUUUUUUCCUUAUUCUUAUUCUGUAUUUGGUCUGUUUGACAUGUUGAGGGUGUGUGAUAGUGUGUUUAGGAAAUGAGAGGGGUGUGCGCAGAGUUGUGAAUACAGUGAAGUCUGAAGCAAACAGCUGGACCAGCAGUCAGACUGUACCUUCGAGGAGCCGCAGGUGUUACACUAAAAAAGCAUUCGGUCAGUCUGGUGAAGCAGUUGUCAUGAUGCCUUCGCUGUCUGGACUUGGAUGGACUUUAUUCUUUCUCUCUUUCCUCUUGGAGCACCCAGAAGCUCAGAGUGGAGAGCUGCACUGCUCAGUGGCUGGUCCAGUGGGCGCUCGACACCCUGUUCAGGGUCUGCUGGAAAGGUUCGAGGCAGGCCCCGGCUGUGCUGCUAGAGAACGCGGAAACAAGGAGACUCAUGUCAUUGCAUUAAGAAGAGUGACCAACAGCCCAGAAAACAAGGUGACAGUGCUGAUGAAGCCUCUGUCUCUGUCUCCUUCUCCUAUGAGGGUUGUCCACCUAGUGCUCAUCUCCAAAGUCCCAGUUACCUGGUGGUUGGAGGCCGAGAGACUGCCCUCCAACCUCCAGGUCCUGGUGCAGGUGUCCUCAAACGCCAGCGUACAGUCCAGCGCCCUGCGUUUGCACGUCCAGACGGUGCAUUCAUUGCCUUUUCGUCCCCGUGCGCUGCAUCGCUGGGUUCUGAAGCAUCAUGGCAACCUGUCCUCUCUGACACACUCAUCACAUGGCAAUCGAGUCUACCUUCAACUGGGAGAGGAUCCAAACCUGCCUGCUGUGUGUCAGCUGCAGUCCAUGUUCAUCUCUCGCAACUACAUGACCUCUGACUUGCAGCCACAGGAAGUGCACGGUUGUGCCCACUUGAAUGUAGGCGGAGCUAGCCCUGAGGUCCACGUAAUAAAGCUCCAUUCAUCAGGCUCAGGCCUCUGUGGCUCCAUGCAGGUAGAGGUGACUGUAUCGCUUGUGCCUCCAGUGGCCGACUCAAGAGCGCACAAGAUUGUGUUGAUUCUCAGCAGCUCUGUGCCCGUCAACUGGGCCAUUACUGCUCAUGGCGUCCAGGGUCGCAUCUCUGUUCAUUCCUCCAACAGCGUGUCUCCACCCUACCCACCUGAGCCUGGCCUAACAGUGGCCAGCACACUCGACCCUGACCUGUCUAGCAUCUCGGACCUUCUCCUUUGGGCCCGUGAGAGUGGCUUCACCACGGUGACCUCAUACACUGAGGCCGACCUGGCCAAUCACUUUGUGAUCCGGCUGGCUGAGGGAGAAGCAGGUAAGUUUGCAGUGACGAAUCCACUGGUUGCAAGGCCUCCUGAGGCAGAGGAGCGCAGGUUGAGGCAGUGGCUGAAUGGUGGCAGCAGAGCAGGAGAAGGCCGGGAGGGUUUCACAGUGAACUGUGAGGGCGGACGCCUCAGCGUGACGGUGGACAGAAGCAUUCUGCAGAACUUGUCUGUCCCGGUGGCUGCCGUGACUCUGCGUGACCUGACUUGCCAGGCUGAGUCCAAUGGGAGCCAUUUCCUUUUAGUGUUCCCAGUCAUUUCCUGUGGGACAGAAGGCCUGCUCCUGGGAGAGCCUAGAGGGGUGCAGUACAAAAACAUGCUGUUACUAUGGAGGGACAAACCUCAGACCAUCCUUUCACUCAAUGAGACUGAGAAGUCCAAAGGUCCACUUGGCAUACGUUUCAGCUGUUUUUCUGCUGUCCCUGGCCCUCCGAGCAGCGCUGCUGCUAAUGAGAAUGUAAACACUGUGCAGACAGAACUGGUCCCCUGGGUGCCAGAGGGCUUGUGGCCCACCCCAGACCUAAGCCACUUCCCAACACCCAGACACAGAUCUGGGCCUGUUCUUCUUUUGGAGCUUUUUGUCACAGACAGCUACGAGCAGAGGCGGAUUGGUCCGUGUGUCAUCACCGCUGACCAGCGUGUCUAUGUCCAGAUUUCAGCUAAAGCACCCCUCGCAGAUGUCGUGGAAGUGAAGUCAUGUGUAGUCUCUUCUUUCUCAGACCCCAAAAAAUCGCCUUUCUGGACUGUGAUAAGUAACGGCUGUUCCUCUGACCCCUCACUGACCUUCAGUGCGAAGUCAAAACAUGAGCAAGAGGAGACUGAAGAUAACGUUGGAGCAGUAGAGGAAACGGAAGAGACAGAGGGCCUGGGAAAUGGCAGAAUUGAUCAAACAGGUGAAAAAGCAGAAAGUGGAGGAGGGAGAGACAAGAGGACCAUGAGUGUGAGAGAGGAGAAGGAGAUACAGCCCUUAAGAUUCAGCUUCAUUCUACAACCAGUUUAUAACGACUCAAUGCAGUUCCUCCACUGCAGCCUGCGCCUCUGUGUCUCUGACACAACUAGAGGGGAACCCAUGAAGGAAACUAUAAAGAAUGACUGUCAGGGCAGGCCACGCAUGCCUCUGCUUCUAUCUAGAUCACCCGGGCAUCAGUGUGAGAUCAGAAACCUCUCCAGACCCAUGGUGGUCACCCACCCGAUUAGUUCACUGUCACCUAAAAUGAGGAACCCUACUGGCCAAAGAAUCAAGAGACUCAGCGUCACUCCGCUGGCCAGACCAGAGCCGGAGCACAGCAACCGGGUGGUGGAGACUGGACCAGUGAUGGGACUCGUCUUUGCAGCCUUUGUAAUGGGUGUCGGUCUGAUGGGGGGGUUGUGGUUCAUCUAUAAUUAUACAGCGGAGCGGCCAGCAUCUUAUAGAGAUCAUCUAACAGACCAGACUCGUGGAGAACACAACAUCUGGAACCCGCCUUCAGUGUCUGAUCAGUCCUCGAGCUCAGUGUGAGGAUUUCCUCCUGCAAAUCUGAGAACGGAGAACUGGGACAGAGGUUUCAACAACUUCUGUGUGUGCAGCUGCCUUGUCUCUCUCUUUGUGUGUGUGUGUGUGCGUGCAUGUGUGGGCAUUUCUCCUCACGAGUACGGCUCGUUGCCGUGCAUCCGAAAUGUAAGAGACUGAUACUGUAUAUGCUAAAGUGAAUACAGCGCCGCUUAUUCAUCGCAGCGAAGAGUCAAGAGUUUUGACUCAAAGUGAAAAGGAGCUUCUUUGUCUUGUGUGGUGUUGUCAACCAUUCGAUGCAGAGUCAUUUCAAAAGCAGCAGCGAAUCAUCACAUGUGGAGGCACAUAUAUGAAUCUGACAGAACCUAAACAUGGUCGAGCGAGUCACUCUGAAACCACGUUAUUUUUUUUGCCCGUACAGAGCGAACGCGAGGUCAAAGAUGAGGUCACAGUGUGCCUGUCUGAACAGUCAGCUUUUUACACUUGUUUUCACUAUUUAUGUUGUGAAUCAGCUGGAUGUUAAAACUGCGUUUAUCUGUGUGCGAAAUCUUUUGUGUAUGUGGGAAACAUAAAACGUAUUAAAGCUAAAAUCUGUCUCAAUCUUUCUCUCUCGUGUCUCAAAAAAAUGUAACCAUCUCAACAGCAUAACCAUAAUGUCAAAGUCAUAGACAAAACAUGCUUAGUAAAGCUUAAGGGAAACAUGCCGUGGCUGAUUGUUAUCUUUGGGUUUGAAGUAACAAAAGUAACAACUUUCACACAAUCGUGCUGAUUUAUUUUGAAAGGUGCAGUAACCUUAAUUUUGUCUUUGAAAACUGAGAAGUGCUGCUGGGCUGUUUCGCAGCUCAACCGGAGACGGAGCCAUUGAUGUUUACAUCCUGCAGUCAUCAAAGAGAUGUAGAUAGCAUCUGGGUGUGAAAUGUAUCUCUGUGCCUUGCUCAGGGGUUCAGACUGUGGCAGUUACCAUGCAAAAAAGACCAGACUUUUUUCUCCAUUUUUGAUGUUUCAGUUCAAGAAAUGAUCGAUUUGUUGUGUUCUGUGUUUUGGACCUUUUGAAUCUUGUUAAAUGUAUUUUUUGAUUUUAUUAAGUUGGUUUUCUUGUUUAGUUCUUGUGACUAGAAAUGGUAGAGUUUGGUCAUUUCCCUGCUAUAUUAUUCGAGGUCUUUAGGGUUACUUUAGGGUUAUGGGUUUAUGUUCCCGCUCCCAUGAUCUGGUGUCUGUGGUUUGUUGCUUGGUGUCCCCUCCCGUCUGUCAUGUCUCUCGCCCUGUCUCUCACGGCCUGACUCUGUGCUCUCCACGUUCUUCUCCCUGUGUUUCAUCCUUUGUCUCCCCCAGUCUGUCGUGUGUUUCCAUGUUUUUUAUCCCCUUGGUGGGCGUGCUACUUCCUGUUUUGGCAGUCCCUCAUCUCAUGUUUGUGUUCAGUUUGGUUUCCUCUGUCUUGUUAUUCCUAAUUUGUCCCUCCUGUGUUCCCACGUGCCGCCGCUUUCCCUAAUCACCCUCACUGUGUCAGUUCCUCUUUGUCCCUCGCCGGGACGUCAGUUCACCUCCCUCCAUGUUUCAGGUUCCAUGUUCUGUGUUCCUAGUGUUUACCUUUGCCCAGUUUAGUUAGUCUGAGUCUCCUUUUGCCUUUUGUUUUGUAUUCUUGUUUGGUUUUUCACCCAUCCUAAAUAAACAUCUCACUGUUAA